AUGGCGUGGCCUUCGUGGAUCACAACUGCCCUACUUGGCUUACUCGUCAUUGUGAUCUUUAAAAAGCUCUUCGCUUGGGCCAACUUCACCGUGAAAUGUCACCGCCAUGGUUGCCGAAAACCCCCACGGUAUCCACACAAAGAUCCAAUUUUCGGCCUUGACUAUGUCAUGGGAGAACUCAAAGAGCGAGAGGACGGGAAUUCCUGGGCUGGGAAGCGCAACCGUUUUGCAUAUCUCGGUCUCACGUACGAGGUGAAUUCGUGGGGCAGGAGAACGAUUAUGACGAUGGAUUCACAGAAUAUCCGUGAGGUUCUAGGUACAUCUUUUAAUAAAUUCGGUGUGCAAGAGAUGCGCAUGGCGGUUUCCGGCUCCUUUAUGGGCCCCGGGUGGGAGUACUCACGCAAACUGAUUGGGCCCAUGUUUUCACGGUCUCAGGUAUCCGACCUGAGUGCGCUUGACGUCCAUCUCGAUAGGAUGUUUAAGCGGCUUCCUCGAGAUGGCUCCACAGUCGAGCUGCAAGGUCUGCUCAAGCUUAUGUAUCUUGACCUCGCUACAGGAAUGGUGUUCGGAAAAUCAACAGAUACUCUUCUUAAAGAGACUCCAGAUGACACUGCUCAUGAGCUUCUUGAUACCUUUGCCGCAGUGUUGAAAAGGACCGGUCUUCGAAUUAUUUUUGGUCGUCUAUGGAUUUUUACUGUCUGGGACACAACUUUUGAAAAGCUUUCAUCUGAUGUCCGUGCCGUAGUCAUGAAAUACAUUGAUGAGGCCAUCGAAAGACAGCGAGAGCAUACGAGGUCCUCCAGCGUAAUGAACAAAAAACAAUACAUCAUUGUCGAUGAGCUUGUCAAGUCCAUCGAUGAUCGUGAGAAGAUUUGUAGCCAGCUUCUCAACAUCUUUCUACCCGCUCGUGAUGCGGCAGCAGUUGGCCUCAGCGCCUGUUUAUUUCAUCUAGCACGGCAUCCCGAUGUAUGGAAUAAAUCGAGAACCGAAGUACUCGCAAUUAAAGAGCCCGUUACCCGUGACGGCCUUCGUUCUAUGCCUUAUAUGCAAGCGGUGCUAAAUGAAAGCCUCCGACUUCACGCGCCUGCGGCUGGCAAUCGACGUCGAUGCACUGAAGACUGCAUCCUGCCAACUGGCGGCGGGCCAGAUGGAAAAUCUCCAAUCUUCAUAUCAAAAGGAGAUAACGUCAACGUUGACUUUGCGGCGAUGCACUACCACAAGGAAAUCUGGGGCGAUGACGCUGAAGAAUUCCGGCCUGAGCGCUGGAUAGGGGAUAAUGGACAUGAAAGACACAGCUGGACAUAUAUGCCGUUUUCUGCCGGUCGACGUAUUUGCCCAGACAUGGAUAUCGCACUGACAGAGAAUGCCUAUGUCCUCGUGCAGUUGAUGCGGGAAUUCCAGAAGCUCGAGAACCGAGAUCCUGUGAGAGAAUAUGUCGAGUGCACUAGACUUACUACAGAGAGUCGGAAUGGAGUCAAGGUCGGCCUCAUACCCGCAAAUAUUUAG